AUGUUUGAAGGCAGAAGCAUCCUUCUUCUCUAUCUUCUACUCUCCGUACUAAAAUGCCAUGCCAGUUCCUCCUGCGGAGAUAUUCAGAACAUCGAUUUCCCCUUCCGAUUACAAGAUGAAGUCCGCAGUAAGAACUGUCUACUUGACGACACUUUCUCUCUUACCUGCCACAGUAAUCGAACAUACCUCUCCUUAUACUCAGGUAAAUACCUCGUUAGAUCCAUCAAUUACUUGGAUCGAUCCAUCCGUCUUUCCGAUGUCGGCGUAGAUAGCACCGUUUGCUCAUCUCUCCCAUUCAACUCUCUAAACCGCCAGAAUUUCACCUGGGACGAUCCUUACUCAUAUUACCCUUCCAACUUCUCAUCUCCAACUACAACCGUAGUAUUCUUGAGCUGCGAAUUCCCUGUCAAAUCUCCAUCCUAUAUAGACGUUUUUGCUUCUUGCAACAAUCGAUCUUCUUCUUCCUCCUCCUCGAAACCUAUCAGAUAUCUCUACGCUCUGCUGGGGAAUAUAGUGUUUCGGGACAUUGCAGAUUCUUGUAAGGUGGAAACUGUGUCUCUUAUCUCUGAUUCGAUAUUGGACCCUGCUCGUGAAGCUGGUAACGUCUCCUUCCAAGAUAUACACAAAGGUUUGGCCUUUGGUUUUGACAUCUUUUGGCAAUUUCUCUACUGCAAAGAUUGUGAGAAUAGGGCUUCUUGCUUGGGUUAUGCUCAAAAUGCGUCUAACCACUGCUCUCAACUUGGGGAUUGCAUAAUUAGACUGAAAAAGUCUGCCUUUGAAAAAUUUCAGUCAUGGAUCUUGAACAACACAGUCUCAACAGUUAUUGCAAAUUAUGUGAUUCUUUUUGUGAUAAUCAUAGUUGUAUGGUUCCUUCUAAGAAUUUUCUGCAUGCCAUGCGUCUUUGGCUUUUUGAUUUACAAAUUCAAGAGGAGGCAUUUGUCGACAUUCGACAGCAUCGAAGGUUUUCUUAGGAGUCAAAACAAUUUAGUACCGAUUAGGUACUCGUACAACGAUAUCAGGAAAAUGACUAAAGGAUUUCAACAUAAGUUAGGUCAAGGUGGAUAUGGAUCUGUCUACAAAGGAACUCUCCGAAGUGGAAGUCUGGUGGCAGUAAAGAUCUUGAACAAAGCCAAAUCCGAUGGACAAGAAUUCAUCAAUGAAGUCUCUACUAUAGGAAGGAUUCAUCAUGUCAAUGUGGUUCAGCUGAUUGGGUACUCAGCUGAGAGGUCCCAACGUGCUCUGGUUUAUGACUUCAUGCCCAAAGGAUCUCUUGAGAAGUACAUAUUCUCUAAAGAAGAAGAUAAGACGGUUUCAUUAACUUCAGAUCAAAUUUUCAUGAUCGCUCUGGGAGUGGCUCGAGGAAUAGAGUAUCUUCAUCGAGGUUGUGAUAUGCAAAUAUUGCAUUUCGACAUCAAGCCCCAUAACAUUCUUCUAGACGAGGAUUUCACUCCAAAGGUUUCUGAUUUCGGGCUUGCGAAACUUUAUAAAACAGAAGACAGUAUUGUGGCCUUAACUGCGGUUAGAGGAACAAUGGGGUAUAUGGCCCCGGAGCUAUUUUAUAAAAAUAUAGGCGGAGUUUCGUAUAAAGCAGAUGUUUAUAGUUUUGGGAUGUUGUUGAUGGAAAUGGCUGGGAGGAGGAGGAAUUGGAAUUCGUCUGUGGACCAUUCGAGCCAAGUGUUCUUUCCUUGUUGGGUUUUUGAUCAAUUUAAUGAAGGGAAAAAUGUGGAAAUAGAGGAUUUGAGUGAGGAGGAAGGGGAGAUUGUGCAUAAGAUGAUGUUGGUGGCUUUAUGGUGCAUUCAAAUGAAGCCUUGUGAUAGGCCUUCUAUGCAUAAUGUGGUGGAGAUGCUUGAAGGAGAUAUAAAGGUUAUCAAGAUGCCUCCCAAACCAUUCUUCACAAUGGCUAACGAAAACGAGGGAAUAGCAGCAGCAGCAAGUGAGUCUUUCGGGUGCUGGUGUGGACGCUAUGACCAUGGAUCUGAGUCCUCGUUGAACACAUAUAAAAGGAUCGAUUGGACUUACAUUUUUUGUAAGACUAAUAAUUUGUACUCUUUAUUGGCAAGUGGAUUAAGUAAGCUUUCCUUUCCCAUAUGAUUUGAUAUGAAGCUGGAAUCAAACUUACACUUAUUGUCAAUUUGUCACACCUUAAUUAGUUUUGAAGCUAUAUGCUCUAUUUGUUGA